AAUUUUGCACGGCGGCCGAGCGCGAGGUCAGUAUGCGCCUGGUCCGGCACGGUCGUGGUGCGAGGCGUGCCGCUCGCGAUGGAGCUGCGCGAGAUGAACCGCGCGUACGGCACUGCGGAGGAGACCGCGGAACUCCUGCCGCAGCGCGACAGCGCGCCCGAAUACGAGAGCUACUUCAUCGAAUAUGCGAUGCAGAAGGAGAUGAUCAAUCGCAACCGGUGCUCCGCGAGCCGACGAUUGCUCAGUCAGGCCGCACACCUGGACUUCAAUUUUUCCAAUAGCAAUCACUCCAAGGAUUCACCAUGUGCCGGAAUCACUAUGAUCCACACCUCGGGCGCGAACUGGCCGCCCUCCAGGAAACGCGAGGAGGCGACAGCUCUGGAGAACCUUAGGAAGAGGGUAGAGCAGAGCAAGUUGUACAAGGCGGACCGAAUUACUGAUCCCGUCGUAGCUACCACAUCCUCAAUAAACUACGAGUUGACUCAACAACAGCCGGACAAUCGGCCGAAACUUCUGAAGAUACUCAGCAACCGACCGAUGAGUAUCACGCACGACAGCAGCGACUUGGAGACCGAUUGGCGUGAUAGCGAAUUUAUCACCGAGUGCCUUUGCUGGCACAAUGUUUAUCGACAACGGCACAAUGCACCCCCGUUGAUCAUGUCACCCCAGUUGUGCGAGUACGCUCAAUCGUGGGCUAAUCAUUUGGCGCACACGAACACAUUUUAUUACAGGAACGAUCGAAACGUAGGUCACAAUCUUUAUUGUCGUCCCGGCGGCGGGGUACCCGGCGACGUCACGGGGCAGGAAGUCGCGUCCUAUUGGUACUCCGCCGUAAAGCAAUACGACUUCCUCAAAGAACCGGACAUUCUCCACGCCAACGUAAAUGCGGGUCACUUCACCCAGCUUAUAUGGGCGAGAAGCCGCUACUUCGGGGUCGGCAAGGCGUGCAGUAGAAGCGGCAAGGUGAUCGUGGUGGCGAAUUACGAGCCAGUGGGCAACGUGUCCGGUCAGUUUCAGAACAAUGUGUUCCCGCCGUUACCCGAGAACAUGAAUGUGAUGUUGUCGCCACCCUCCGUGCGAGUGUCGCGGGGGCAAUAUGAGCUGUUGAAGCCGACGGCUUCAUCCUUGCCGCCGCCGCCGCCACCACCGCUUCCGUUGUCGGACACCGCAUCCACCGCCAGCAACACCAUGUCCGUCAGCUCCGGUCAAUAAUACUAUGGCCGUGCGAAAUGCCUUCUCUGUAUUUGCGCGCGAUGGGCCGGACGCUGAAGAAACAGAAAAAGAAAGAAACAAGCCGACCCUUCGCGUGCCGCGAAUCAAAGACUUCGGACACGCGAAACACGAUGACCGAUAUCUCCGUCGGAAAGAGCGAUAUCAGAAGUUUUUCACGAAUCAAAGUCGACACGUAUCUCUGAAAGCUUCUGAAAGUUUUUUUCAAAAAUGAAUGGGAGCCCGACCAUGGGCGCGCUAGCUCAUUGCCAUCACAAACUCAAUAUGCCCAUACUGAUUAAUCGUUGGAAAGUAUUGCAACGCUUUACUUUUGUUUUAUUGUUGCAACUUUACCUCAAUCCAAACGUAUUUGGUAAUUUUUUCCACGGAUAUGUCGAUCGUCAGGUUUUACUGCCAGGUUUCAGCUACCGCUUGCAAAAGCAGUGAUAAUCAAAUAUACACCGAGCUUCAUCGUGAUAGCUGAUAACAUAUAAAUGAUUAAAUCGAGUAGUACAAUCUGUGUAAUUAUUAACAGUGACGUAACUUUUCGUUUGUUUAUCGAUUCCGCGUGAAAGUAAAAAAUAAUAUAUGUGAAUUAGAAAGUCAGGAUGUCUAAAAAAGAAAGACAAGUGAAAUUAGGCAAAGAAAUUGAAAUAGUAUAUUGUGUAACAAGUGCGAUGAGUUAGCUAUUGCCCGUAAGUGCAGGAAGUGGAUGCAAGAGUCGAAGACGAAUGCGUUCAUCUGCACGAAAGGACAAUGGUUGAUCCGCACAUGUUGCACACGAUAUUUUUGUUACCUGUACGUUAAAGUAUUAUCCUUGAGUGUGAAUUGACAGAUGAAAAAAGGAUCACUUUUGGUGCAGAUGGCAAAAAAUAUUUUAAGAGGACAAUUGUAACAAUCAAAAUUCUCUUAGGAUUAAAAUAAUAAGACUAAUUAAUUGUAAAAUGUUUAGAGUAUAAAAUUCCUCUUUUUUUAUAAAGUUUCAAUUUCUUUUCCUUUUUUUUAUAUGUAUUUGCAGGAAGAAAGACAAGAAAAAGUUGUUUUUUGAAGAAUCACGUCACUGUUCGUAAUAUCAAGUUAAUCAAAAAGUCUUUUCGUAUUUUAUGCAAAAAAAAAAUUAUUUUUUAUAUGAAGUGUUUUUAUUUUAAUUAGCAAUAUAAUCUCCUCGUCUAAUGAUCUCUUCCUAUUGAUCGAGGUGAAUUCAAAAUAGUCGCUCUUUUUCCUCCCUCUCGUGAUUUGCGUUUAAUGCAGAUGCGCCAAGUAAAGCGAUUCAAAAUACGAAGAGACUUUUUGACCAAUCAAAUAAUGGAAGCUCAAAUUUAAAAGUCACAUUUUUAUUUCCGGUUUAGAAAAAAGUUGUAGAAACGCUUGAAAACCAGUUUGUAACUUGCUUUCAAAUUUUUCUAAGUUUAUUCGCUGACUAUUCUUUGCAUAUCAUGUGAAAGCAAAAUGAAAGCUGGAAUUGUUCAGAAUACUCAGAAGCUCGUAUCUAUUUUGUACAUCGGUUUAGGACUGGCACUUGUUUAAGGGACUUCUAGUUAUGUAAGCUAUGUAAGAUAUAUUUGAAAAGCCUAAGUGAAAUGAAUCGCGCCUAAGCAGGGAGAUGAUACUUUGCACUUUUCCGUCCUGUUAAAACUAAAACUCAAUGGUUUGCGGAAUGGAAGUUGAAUUUCUUGACAUUUUUAGCGCUAACGAAACGUUCCUAUUGAAUAACAAGGAUUAGUGUGUUUCCCCAUAAAUUGGGAAAAUAAUCGAACUCAAAGUUGAAAGAAAAACGUCGAUUGAAAACCUGAGAGAUGAUAGAGCAUUAUCAGCGUUGUUUAGAAGUAUUUGUGAGAUUGUUGGAUGUUAAUCUUAAAACGGCUAGAGUAGGAUCCACUUGAUCCUGAAUAAUGCCAAAUGAAAAAAAUUUUGUUAAGAAAGCUUGUAUUUAUUUUUUUUCAUAUAAAUUUGAAAUUAAAAAAGAAGUUAGCUAAGCAUAUAUAUAUAUUCAUAUCUUACAUUUGUAUCGCUAAAUGUUAGAUGUGAAUAUAUACUUCCUAAGUAGCUUAGCAUUGCCCUUAGUUUACGUGAUGAUUUAUCGAGUCUUGACGGAAAUUAAAUUUACACUAAUUAUUCUAAGAGAAAUUCAGCAUAACGAAGUCUUUAAUUAUAAUAUGAGACAGGCAUUCGUUUGAAAGCGAUAAUUAACACGAACCUCUCGCUUUCAACCGACAAGCACAAAUACGCUACGUUUGAGGUUUGCCAGACUGAUAAUCAUUAUCAUAUAGAGGGACAGUUACAUCGAUGCUUUACAUUUCGCCUUGUGAUAAUUUAUUAUAAGGUACAAUACGAGAAUUAAAUCUUCCAUUCCCCAAUUAUUAAUUCCCAUAAAACGAAAAGAGAAGCGAUAGAACGAAAGAAUUAACUCAAUCGGUGAUUGAGAAAAAUCUUUAGGUCGACGUAGUUAUUGCUUCGAAUGUUGUUGCAGCAAUUCUAGUGCAUUAAAUAAGAUGAUAUAUAUAUAUAUAUAUAUAUAUAUAUAUAUAUAUAUAUACAUGACAUUUGAUCUACGGCGAGAUUGUUAAUGAAGUAACAUCGAUUAUUAGAAAAAGGUUUCUCAGGUACACAAGUUAUUGUGUGGCGAUUUUAGUAAAAGCAAAUUUUUACAGCGGUUUUUGUAAUUCGACCCUGUUGGUCCUUGAUUUGCUAUAGAAAAUAUAUUAGAUCGAUUGUUAUGGGAAAUAGAAAUUAUUUUUUAUAGAUAGAUUGUUGUAAAAAGAAAAAAGGAUUAUUUUUCGCUCGUAGUCGACUGACUAGUACUUCGUUUUUUAAAAGCAUAAGAAAUAAGGUGUUAAACUUAAAAAAAAUGUUAACCUGUUAAGGAGAUAUUUUUAACUCUUUACAUUAGAUUCUCGCGCUUCUGUAAAAUCUUAUGUGGUGCCACGUAAAACGAUAAAAUCGUUAAUUAAUCAAUUGCACAUUAAAUACCGUUAACAAUUCACUUAAAUCAAAUUACUCAAUUAGUUUAAUCGCGCUUUGUACAAUUUAAUGUUGAGAUUAUCGUCAGAGCUCGUGUGGCAUAAAACGACGUGCGUUCCACAAUGUCGAUAAUAAUGUUGACCCAUUAGCGUGCACAGGGUUAAAUAACAAACGCUCGAUGUGAUAAUUAAGAGGCUUUCAUUAAUCUAAGAAUGUUAAUCAAAUUAAGAUUACCAAGAGGAUCGACGGGGUCGAAAUGUUUGUCGCUUUUGAGUUUCUUUUUUCGUAUGCGGCGCAUACGAGCUAUUAAAAAGCAAGUGGAGUAUUUUAAAGUACAUGUAUGCUCACCUGUUGACAAUCGAUACUGAAACGUCGUUUCAUUUAUUGUAAAUUGACGACUUGAAAAUUUUGAGAUCUACGCAUGGAGUGUACGGACCUUAAUUUUAAGAACACGCAGAUUUCUUAAUGAAUCUAUCUUCCAUUCGGAUUUUGUAACAAAAUCAGAUUUCUAGAUCUUUUCAAACUAAAUAUUUUAAUGAUCAUGUCAUAUAUGUUUUUAUUAAUGAGAGAAAUUUAUUUGAAAUUAUUCUGAUCCAUCAAAAUUUGAUACGGUGAAUAAUACUUUUUAUAAUUAUAUAUUAAUUCAAAAAAUGACAUAAUUAAUUGCACUUAAAUAUUCAUGGAAUUCUAAUAAACUUAAUCAGAUUAUAAUAGGAAAAGUAUAUCAAAAGAAUCUUCUAUAUUGUUUAUUUUAUCUUAAAUCUAUUUUUUAAUAUACAAAUUUUUGUUAUUAUUCAUAGAUAGUCUAUUGGAUCUGCCAGAAGCUCACGUAGUUUAUUAUUAGCUUUGGUAACAUUGAAUCUCUUUAAUAAAAAAAAAUUAUCGAUUCCUGUUAAUCGCUUUAUAUAUGUAGAAAUAAAAAAUAAAAAAGUUAAGAGUGGAACGACGUUAAUGUACUCGUUGUUAAAGCGCAGGGCAUAGCCUUAACGAAAUGAAUUAAAUGCAUUGCAAUCCAACAUAUUUUGUAACGAAUAAAUGUUAAUAAAAUUAUCUCUCUUUACAGAAA